AUGCUUUCAAGAGCUUCUAUACACCAGCUAGGGCGGUCUAUUCACAAUUCCCCCAUUGCUAUCGCCCGGCCCGCCGCCAGAUUCGUACGAUGCUUCUCGAACCAAGGACCCUCGCUUGCGCAGCCCCCGCGGAGUUGGACACCGACUCCAUUUGUGACGGAGACAGUGGAACGCAUCAUCUGCCUGAAUGGCCAAGUCGACGACACCCUCUCCGCAUCGAUAGUCGCCCAACUCCUCUUCCUCGAAGCUGACAACCCUUCCAAACCAAUCCACCUUUACAUCAACUCACCAGGAGGCUCAGUAACAGCGGGCCUCGCUAUCUACGAUACAAUGACAUAUAUCGCCUCUCCCGUAAGCACGAUCUGCGUUGGCCAAGCCGCCUCGAUGGGCUCUCUCCUUCUCGCCGGCGGUGAAGCAGGCAAGCGCUACUGUCUCCCGCACUCCUCGAUCAUGGUGCACCAGCCCUCGGGCGGCUACUUCGGACAGGCAUCCGACAUCGCUAUCCAUGCGAAGGAGAUCCUGCGCGUGCGCACUCAGCUCAACGAGAUCUACCAACGCCACCUUACUAGCAAGAAGCAGUUGUCCCUCGAUGAUAUUGAGAAGCUUAUGGAGCGCGAUUACUUUAUGGGUGCUAAGGAGGCGCUCGAGCUGGGUGUUGUUGAUGAGAUUCUGGACCGUAGAGUCCAAGGGAAGGAGGGCGCUGGGGAAGAAUCUAAGCCUCCUACUGCAUAA